AUGGACUGGCUUGCUGCAUGCUGCGGCAAGAGGCGCACCAAGUCUGACAGACUGCCAGACGAGCGUACGGGCCUUCUAGACGACGAUCAACUCUCGAGAUCAUUGCCGCCUGUCAGGCCCACGACGAGCAGCAACCUCGACGAAGUAGCCCAUCAGGAGAGGCUGCUCAAGCUCGUCGACAGGGCUACAGAGCAGAUCGUUGACCUGAACGCUCCUCACCCGCUCUGGCAACUCGCAAUGGAGGAGAACUCCCAGGACGACACCGGCAGGUCUGCUAACUCGUCUGACCUAUCCUCCGCGGCAUCGUCGCGACCCGCUAGUCCGACACGGCUGAUCAGUGCUCUGCCAGAAGACAGCGUCGAUAGCCCCGUACGCUUUCGACAUGUAGAUUCGCUCAGAGCGGGCGUGAGCGCUCAUUCGCUCAAGACGAUGCGACAGCAACAUGCGACGUCUGCCGUCUCUGACGAUCAGCAGCCUACGCCGUCAAGCAGUGAGGAAGCCUCUGUGCCCAAGCGUGGCACACUGGUCGAUAUGUCAGAUGAGGACAGAGCCUUUAUGAGCGACGCUCUCGCCAAGCUGGACCAUGCCAUCCAUUCUGGUUUCGACUUUGGCAUGUAUCAGCUCGGCUACCUGCCGACAUACGAGGGUAUGCGUGCGCAGCACAUUCCUUUUGGCAGCUGCCUGUGUGCGGUAGCGAGCGACGAUCUCAUGUGCAGCGAGAUGCCGUCGGUUCUGGUAGAGCGAGGCGGAUCCAGCAGCUGGCACGGCAGGUCCGCCCUGCCGUGCCAGAUCAGAGCUCGCGACGUCGAAUCAAGGACUGCAUGCUUGUGCAAUAUCAAUGAUCUAAUAACGAGCCCGCUCGAGGGUUUAGUAGUUCUCUACUGCGCUUUGAGGGAGCCUGCCCGCUUUACAGAAAUGCGAAUGGGGCUCUGA